UUCCUCCACAUUUCCCCCACGUGCGGAUCAGCUUCAGCGAUCAACAGCAUCACUUCUUCAUUAUGGGUCGAUCCAAACCCGCUCAAAGAGAGUGGGCAGCAGCGAGCAUACUCGAAGGCCGCGUCACCGAAUGUUCUGGACUCGAAUUCAAAAUACAAUGGGAGCCUUCGCGGCGCGAUGCUCUGUGUCCCACGGAGCUCGAGCAGUACUCAACGCAAGUGCGGUAUCACAGCGAUCCCGACUUCAUCCACUGGGAGCCAACAUGGGAGCCACUUGAGAAUCUUGGGCCUUGUCUUGAGAUGGUCAACCAAUUCCUUGCAAGAGGGUGAUAUUUUUCUUCCAGACAAGCACUGAACUAUAUCUGACUACCCUUCAGACGGUGGAUUGGGACACUCGGCGAUGGAGGCAGGAAAAGGGCUGUUGCUUUUAUCUAUCAUCGAGAGAAAUGAGUGCUGAAACCCGACCCCAUCGUGAUGCCUU